ACAACUGGAGUACCAUGUACCACUACUGGUAUACAGUACCUCAUGGUGCCCUAGGGUAUGAUGGUGAUACUAAGGACGCUGGCGCCACCUACGAGCAAGUAAAGGAACACCUCAAUGGACUAUUCUCCCUAGUCCAGGGACUAGGUGGUACUGCAGUGGUACGGACCUACAUAGACCAGCUGGCACAGGUACUCAGUGCACUAGUUGGGUGGAGUAAGAUAGAGCAGUGUUGGAAUGGCACGUGCAAGAAGGAUGGUAGCAAUGAUCUCAAUGGCAGUCCACACGGCGACAGUAGCUGCAAGUAUCUACAGGAGGUAAAGGAAAACACACCAUGCAAGGACUGUCGGUGUAUGAAAUGGAAAGUACCCGGGGCUAAUGAUCACAGUAAAGGACACCACCUAGGCAGAGGGUGUACAAGGUGUAAGGAUAGUGGUAGUAGUGAUGCAGGGUGUAAGUGUACUAGUGGUGGUGGUGGCUGUAGUUCUGGCCAAGAGUGUCAAUGCGCCAAAGCAGGCAAAUGUUGCAAGUGUUGUUGUACAAGUUGUAGUGGAUGUAAGACGAAUGCUAAGUGUAGUUGCACCACCGAAGAGAGUAUUACGCACAGCAGAACGACGUACGGAGAGAUCACCAUAGAGCGUUAUAUGUCUUCAUACUCAAAUAAUAAUCACGAUAAUCCUCCAAAAUGGAAAGAUGCUUCCAAUACUCCUAAUCGUCACCACUGUGCCAAGAUCCUACUAGGUUCAGUAUGUCUCAUCUGGAGUGGAGUGACAUAUAUGCAUUGGACAGGUAAGUGGGCCAGUGGCAGUCCAUAUUGGAACAACCACAUCCUGGAUGGUAGUGGUCUAGAUGAUGGUACCCUAUCCCAAUGGUUACAGGCUCUAGGAUUUCCUAGGGAUAUGCUUAAUAAUAGUGGCCCACAGAAUAGACUUGACAAGGUCAUAUGGGAUGGGUUUAUGGGAAAACUGUUUCUAGGGUUUACUCACCCUAGUGGAAGUCAUGCCAGUGACGGUAAUACAGCAAAACAACCCUACGAUAUGAAUUACGCUGGUUUUGUACAUACUGCACAUAGGGAUUCAUUCAACAAAGAAGCUACUGUAUUCCCCAAGGAUGGCACUGGCUCUAGUACUACUGGCCACAUCGGUGAAACGAACCAGAACAAGAUCGGUGCCAUUUUCAAGCUUUACGUUCUAUCAUGUGCCUACUUCACUGGAUUACAGAAGCGUAACUCUACAGCACUGUCCACCACUCCCACUGCCACUAAUAAUCCCAAGACAAUCCGGGAAAUCCUAUACUGGCUAAGUGCAUUGCCCUAUAGUCCGGCAUAUCCGAAGAUACUGACACAUUCCAAGGGAAGACUCACAGAAGUUACCCAGAAACUCGGAGAUGAUGGCAAUGACACGCCACAACUGAAGUUCUACCAAGAGAAACGUUGGGCUCCCAUUACAGUUCAUCAAUACAACCUGUUUGCUCACUUCCAAGCAGUGACUCAGUACUGCCCACUGGUCCUCAUAGGUAUCCAGGGUGGAUUACACAGCACUACUGGCACUGACAAGACUACAGAACCUCCUAUCCACUCCUUGUACUCCAACACUGAAUGCCACUUCACCUAUCCCACUGUGUCCAUCCAAGCAUACAACCAGGUGGUACACUACAUUAGGGCUUUGUUCUACCAGUUGUACUUCCUUAGGAAGCAAUGUGCAGUGAAAGUUACUUGUGGAGGUAAAUGGCGUGAGUGUAGGUAUGGUAGUGGAGUGCUUGGAAAGGAUGUAGUUAGCUGGAUGUGCCUGGGGUGUAACCCCAUGGAGCAUGAUAGGAAAUGGAGGGUGGGGAAGGUGGGUGAUUUACUGAAGGGUGUGAAGGAUGAUCCAAAGACGCUUCCGGGGGCACUAAAGGAAUUACUGCAGAGGAUUGGUGACGUAGUAGUACAAUUGGGUAAUGCCCAGGAGGCGUUGGAAAAGGAUAUUAAUAAUGAGAAGGUGGCAGUAGCGGCAGUAAAGAAAGCAGGAGUGAAGAAUGGGAGUAGUGAUCUUAGCGGGGUACUAAGGGAGGUACUAGAUAAAGUGAAUGAGAAGGUGAAGGAACUAGAGAAGGUGGUGACGGAGAAGGCGGAUGGGGAGACAUCACAGGCACUAAGUAAGGCAAAGACGGCACUAGAGAGGGCUAAGGAAAUGGUGAAGAAUGAUGGUAAUAAAAAAAACAAACUUAAUGCUGCUCAUCAUGGGUUACAAAAGGUAUUGAAGAUAUUUAAGAAGUGGUUGAAGGAUACAACAAAAGGGCUCGACGGUCACAAAGGUGCACUGUUAGACGCCACGAGCAAACUCAAAGACAUAUGCAGCUCUCCUAUGUGCUCGGCAUGUAUAGAUCACGCCACCAAGUGUGGCCGGCAGGGAGAGAAGAAGACCUGUCCAACCUGCCACCAACAGUACAUGGACGGCACUCCAUCCCCCCUCCAGGCAUUCCUGGAGGACAGGUUACCAGGCUUUAGCUGUAGCGAAGUACUGAACGAUGAGAAGGAAAAUCCAGUAUACCCACCCGCUGCAUCUCACUUGGGACACUGCGGUGGCUCAGGCCAGUGCUGCCCAUUGCCAAUGGGUUUCAGAAAUCAAUUCCAGAAGGGCGGUAUCACUGAUAUGACUGGCCAACGCCUUUAUGGUAUCCUUUACUUCUUUAGUAACGAGAACAUGAUGCAGUCGUGUGUCUAUACACUGGUGAGGGUAACUGCAGAACUCAGUGCCACAACACCACAGGUACUGGGUGAUGUAUUCGGGUUCUUUAGGGGUGGUGUUGGAGAGAAGGAAAGAGGAAUGACGAAAAAGAGUGGAGAGAAAGCAUGUGAUCACGAUAGGGACCCGUCUAAGAAAGGAGAUGAAGAUUACUUUUGCGGCUGGUGUGCUUCUGGGUUACGGGAUGAAGUAAAAGGUAUCCAGUGGAUACCAAAGAAGGAUCACGAUGGAGGGCAAUACAGAAGCACUGUAGGACAAGCCCUAAUAGAGAUCAAGGGUGAUAAGGGCACUGUCAAUACUGUUCCACUGUCUGAUUCACAAUCCACCACUAAUACUUCCCUCUCACGACUCACUGAGAACUGCCAGUACCUCUCCCCCCUAACCGGUGAGCUGUAUACAGCCGUGAGUGCCACUUUCGGUCACGUCUACCUCUCAUGGGUACUAUACCUAUCAGAUGCCCUUGAAGGUGGAUUACGUUCACUGUCUGACGCAUUCCGUAACGUUGAAUGCCGUGGUUGCAGAGAGUGCGACCCCAAUAAGUGCAAGAAGGGAAAUCAUGGCACAACAGGUAAUUCACAAUGUAACUGCUCAUCAAUCGUAUCAUGUACCGGGGUACUACCAGUACUCUAUAGACAUGGCUUCAGCUACGGUAACCCAUUCAAUCUGGAGGGGUACCAGCAGAAGGAUGGAAAGACGGAUGGACAGUAUGACAUUGAAGAUAAGAAGAAAGAGCGUACUAAGCAGUGCCAUCAAUUCUUGGACAGUCUCAGUGCAGUGAUUGACAAGAACAAGCAGGACACAUCUAAGGUCGCCUCUCAGAAUCAUCCCCUGACAAAGUUACUAUCAGAGGUCGGCCAGCUCCAAUACGACAUACGGCUCCCGUGGAUCUUUGUACUGACCUUAGCCUGGCUAGUAGCGGUACUGUACCUUGCCUUUGGUGCCAUAUGGCCACUGGACUGGACACAUAUGAGGUCGCAUUGGUUACGGGGUGGAGAACACCAGUGGCAAUGUAUGUGGUAUAAGGUGAUGACGGGGCGGAAGGGAGGACCAGUGCUAGAGGGGAUUGAAAAUUUUGGUCAAAGUUUACUAGUAUUUUUACUGGUUGUUUAGUAGAAUCGGUAAUAGAAGUAUAGCACGGAAAUGGUAGAGUUUCUGGGUAGUUUGUUGGCUGUAGUAGUACCUUUGUGGUG